AUGGACAGUAGAGCCGGUCGGCCCGCGAGCAAUACCGAUCAUGAAACUUCCGCAGACCAAGAAGAGAGCAUUGAGAGAUCUUCGAUACGUGAAAUACCUGACAAUGAAAGUCAAAAUAGCGAGCGUACUGACGGGUCAUUCGCUGUGAAUUCAGUCCAUGGGCGCGCGGAGUCGCUUGGUGCAAACAGUCCGACUGGACGGGAGUCGGGCGACGAGACGACCACGAACGAUGAAGAGGCCGCAAGCCUCGGCGUAUCUCAAUCCCGCGAACAGAAUACUGAUGAUGGCGAGGGUGAUGGUUCGGCCGGGGACGGCCUAUCCGAAAUUUCAGACGAAGGUGAAGCUAAUAGCCACGGGCUGGAUCACGAGAUGAUGGAAGCUAUUAUAAGAGCCGCGGUAGAAACUGGGAAUGAUGCGGAUUACGAUCAGUAUACGGUUUCCAGCGGCUACUUGAACGAAGUAACCGAAUCCGGCAGCGACGAUGGCCGAGAUGGAGAUGCCAAUCCGGGCACGGCAAGCGGGACAACCAAUGUUGUUCAGCUUUUGGAGCACCCACCCAGCGGAGAUCUCUCGGAAGCUAUAUCAGAUCACCAUAUCGAGCGAGUGGAAGAGCUUCUAGCCUGUGAUCCGGAGUUAUCGAAUUCAAGAGCCUUGGUUGAACUUGAUGACGAGUGGCAAGAAGCCUUUAUAACGCCGCUAUGUUUGGCCGUGGCCCACCGUCAACCUCGCAUCGUGGAGGCCCUCUUGAAUAUGGGCCGGAGGUCGAUGCAUUCUCCACUCAUAUAG